AUGGUGAUGAAGCUGUACUCUAAAUUACAACAUGAUACAAGUUACAAAGUGGUACAACUAGAUGACACUAUUCUAGCUGCGGUCAAGAAUGGCGAACCUUUACAAUUCAAGUCUAUGGAUGAAACUCAAUCUGAGGUGGUACUUUGUAGUUCCAAUGCGACAUGGAGAUUGAAGCAAAAGAAUCAUAGUAAUUGUGUAAUGGUCAUGAAACGGGAUACAUCCAGCAAUCUAGAAGAUGAAUCAGAGUUUUGUAGCCUGAACGACACCACGUAUGAAUAUGAGCUCACUAAAGUACCAGGAUCAUUGAACUACCAUUUGAUACCACUAUAUGACGGAGAAGAACUCAGUUUCAAAACUACUUUUAAAGAAUUACUGGCUAAUUCACAGUGUUCCAAUGAGGAGGCCAUGUGCGAAUGGCAUGAUAUAGGUGGAUGCAUAUUAGAAAGUGGGAAUAUAUGUAAACUCUCAGAUAAGUUUAUUACUCGUGCGCUAGAUAUAACACUGGUUAGCAUUAUGGCAGACUCUCUAGAUAUGUCACAUCUAGAUUUAGAUGAAGUCCUGAAGUCAGUACGAAAAGAUUCAGAAACUGUCAAGGAUAACCCUUUUACAAAACCAGUUAUUGAGACUAUAUUGAACAAAUUCGGUACGCAGGAAAAGGAUCACAAAUGGCACAUAGAUAAAAAGAGGAUAACCUACUGGUAUGGUCUUGAAACAUUGAAGAAGUUCGCAAUGGGUAUAUCCAAAGAGCAGCAAUAUCCAUUGAAUCAGGAGGAAUUUCUAAUAAAAUGGAAAUCACAGAUGCCACCAUAUUUUCCAAACUCCGACCUUGAUAUUCGGGAGCUCCGGGGCCACUAUUAUCUGGACCGACAUACUGAUGAAAUACAUUAUAUAGACAAGAAAUCUUUACCAGGAGAUAUCAAGCAAAGGCUAGUAUACUUGUUCAAAUUACAAAGCCAAUGGAAUCCCGAUGAGAUGGCACCAUUAAUGCAAGACUUGAAUCAGAAAAACACAAAAUUUGAAUCCUUUAUUAUCAAGUACGCUAGAAUAAAGAGACUCUCCUCCAAGCAAAAAGUCGUUAUCCAACGAUAA